AGCGCUUCCGGUGGCGGCGGAGGCGGCGCGAGUGGGACCUGCAAGAGGCGCGGGCGGCGGCCCGGGGGAAGCGGACCAUGUCUGGAGAACUGCCACCAAACAUUAACAUCAAGGAGCCUCGAUGGGAUCAAAGCACCUUUGUGGGACGAGCCAAUCAUUUCUUCACUGUAACCGACCCUAGGAAUAUUCUGUUAACAAACGAACAACUAGAGAAUGCAAGAAAAACAGUACAUGAUUACAGGCAAGGAAUUGUUCCUCCAGGUCUUACAGAAAAUGAAUUAUGGAGAGCAAAGUACAUCUACGAUUCAGCUUUUCAUCCUGACACUGGUGAAAAGAUGAUUUUGAUAGGAAGAAUGUCAGCUCAGGUUCCAAUGAACAUGACCAUCACAGGUUGCAUGAUGACAUUUUAUAGGACUACGCCGGCUGUGGUGUUCUGGCAGUGGAUUAACCAGUCCUUCAAUGCUGUCGUCAAUUACACCAACCGAAGUGGAGACGCUCCCCUCACUGUAAAUGAAUUGGGAACAGCUUAUGUUUCUGCAACAACUGGUGCUGUAGCAACAGCUCUAGGACUUAACGCAUUAACCAAGCAUGUCUCGCCACUGAUAGGACGUUUUGUUCCCUUUGCUGCCGUAGCUGCUGCUAAUUGCAUCAAUAUUCCAUUAAUGAGGCAAAGGGAGCUCAGAGUUGGCAUUCCGGUCACAGAUGAAAACGGGAACCGCUUGGGAGAAUCAGCAAACGCUGCAAGACAAGCCAUCACGCAGGUGGUCGUCUCCAGGAUCCUCAUGGCAGCCCCGGGCAUGGCUGUCCCUCCAUUCAUUAUGAACACUUUGGAAAAGAAAGCCUUUUUGAAGAGGUUCCCAUGGAUGAGUGCGCCUAUUCAAGUUGGAUUGGUUGGCUUCUGUUUGGUGUUUGCUACGCCCCUGUGUUGUGCUCUGUUUCCUCAGAAAAGGUAUGUAAUUGUUAUUCUUCAGAAUGCUUGUGAGUUUUAA